GUCAAUGUCAAAUCUCGCUUGUUGUUUACGAUCUAGCGACGCGAAAAUAUUGUAUUUUCAUUAUUUUCUCAAUUAUAGUAUUAUUUUGUUAUUGAACAAAAUACAAAAAUCAAUAUAACUAUCAAACAUCUUUGUUCGAACGCACCUAAGAGCACAUCCGAAGAGAAAACAAUAUUGAAAAUGGAAACGAUCUUAGAACAGCAACGAAGUUAUCAUGAAGAAAGAGAACGGGCAAUGGACGCUAUGGUUAAAGAGAUUUUACACAAAAAGACUGGGCAUAGAGAAACUAUCAAUGCAGACCACCGACUCAAAAAUUUACAUGAUAGGUAUAUAGAAGCCUCAAUAAGGCUCAAGGAGUUGUAUGAAGACAAAGAUGGCUUACGAAAAGAGGAAAUUGCAGCAUUGUCAGGUCCUAAUGAGUUUCAGGAGUUCUAUGCAAGACUAAAACAAAUCAAAGAAUUCCAUAGAAAGCAUCCUAAUGAGAUAUGUGUUCCUAUGUCUGUGGAAUUUGAGGAGCUCGCAAAACUGAGAGAGAACCCCUCAGAAGAUUAUACAACACCAGUUGAGUUUACUGAUGAGGAAGGCUAUGGGAAAUAUUUGGACUUGCAUGAAUGUUAUGAAAAAUAUAUUAACUUGAAAGGGAUUGAGAAAGUGGAUUACAUUACAUAUCUAAGUAUAUUUGACCACCUGUUUGACAUACCACGGGAGCGAAAGAACAGUGAAUACAGGAAUUACAUAAGGGCGCUGUUGACGUACCUCAAGGACUUUGUGAGCAGAGUGAAGCCACUCCAGGACCAGGCCCAGGAGAUGGCGGCUGCUCAUCAAGAGUUCCUUAAGAUUUGGGAACCGGGGAUGUUUCCUGGAUGGCCGAAAGAAACCGGCGGUGCCUUGACCAAUGUUGGUGCCCAUUUGGACCUGUCAGCUUUCUCGUCAUGGGAGGAACUCGCUUCACUCGGCUUGGAUAGAUUGAAGUCGGCUUUAAUGGCCCUCGGGCUGAAAUGUGGCGGGACUUUGGAGGAAAGAGCACAAAGAUUGUUCAGCACGAAAGGUCAGACGGCGCUCGAUAAGUCUCUAGUGGCCAAGAAGGGGGCAACCAAGGCCAAGGCAACAACCCAGCAGAGACAUAAAGAUAUUGCAGCUAUUGAAGCUCAAGUUUACAGAUUCGCAAACAUAGUAAGCAGCACACGUGCGGCGACCAUAGAGAACGUAACACGACGCGCAGCGAGAGCGGCCGGUGAACGCCGCGACGAAAGUGACGAAGAGAGCGACGCCUCCGUCGCUGCCGACGUCGACUCCGAUGACGACGAAGUACCUUACAACCCGAAGAACUUGCCUUUGGGCUGGGACGGCAAGCCCAUCCCAUACUGGCUAUACAAACUGCACGGCCUGAACAUCAGUUACUCGUGCGAAAUCUGCGGCAACUUCACGUACAAGGGGCCCAAGGCGUUCCAGCGGCACUUCGCCGAGUGGCGGCACGCUCACGGCAUGCGGUGUCUGGGCAUUCCCAACACGGCCCACUUCGCCAAUGUCACGCAAAUUGAAGAUGCACUUGCGUUGUGGGAAAAAAUUAAAAAUCAAAAGGAGGGCGAGAGAUUUGUUGCAGAAAAUGAUGAAGAAUAUGAGGAUUCACAAGGAAAUGUUGUCAACAGGAAGACCUAUGAAGAUUUGAAGAGACAGGGCCUCCUGUAAUUACUCAGAUUGAAUUGAUUUUAUAAAUUAAGUGAUAUUGAGUGUCUAUUGAUUAAAUAAAGUUUAGGAAUAAAUGAUUUGAUUAUGA